CUUAGUGGCCACAACAGAAAUUCGUUUUUGGUUCGGAACCAGUCGAGCAUAACCGUGUGUGGCUCCCGGCUAACAGAAACUCAAGGUGAUGACUUCACAAUCCAGAGGUCAAGUCCACUCAAGUGCCCCGUAAUAUGCAGAAUGGCAUACAAGUGCAGCAUAUUGCAAGCAGUUGCCAAAGCUUUGCCUCAGUUCUUGAAGCAUGCAUCUGCUUAUAGUCAGAUGAAGAGGCCAAAGGUGAAGAAAUGUCUCAAAGAAAUUGAACAAGCCAAGAACAGUCUCAAGAGUGUGACACCAGAACAUGAAGGUGCACCUGUUCUCCUCCUUGCCCUGUUUGACGAGGAUGAAGAGCUCAUCUACAAGACUGUUGAGGAGACCGCCCAUGAUGAUGACUUGGCAGACAUGCCAGUGACGCCCAUAAUAUGUAUGAAAAGACCAGGUCUCUUUGAGGCAGAAAUGUUUACUGUCUGUGUGGAUGGUGUUGUGAUAUUGACUACUCAGCGGGCUGCAGCUUUCAAAGUCAUGUUCCUCUUAUACUUCGUUCUUAACAUAGAGUAUCCACCUGAAGUGGCUUUGACACUGGAGUUUGUGCAGAGGGCAAUCGCGGGCAUCAACCCGGAAAGAAGCACAAAGGCACGACGAACGUCGAAGAAGCAGUAUAACUGUAUUGUUUGUCGCCAAAAGUCGCUGCCUUGGCAAAUGCCCUGGAUCAAUACAAGUUCGAAGCUUGAGUUUGACCUUUAA